GCAUCCCCCCCACCCCCCUUCCCUCUCUCUCCAUCCCCUUCCCCCUUCUAGUUCCCCAACUAGUUGCAUUGGUCACAGAUUCACAACAAAAUGCUGGAGUAACUCAGCGGGACAGGCAGCAUCUCUGGAGAGAAAGAAUGGGUGAUGUUUCAGUUGAGACCCUCCUUCAGUCAGGCGAGAGGGAUUCGAGAGAUAUGGAAGGAUGGGAACUCACAAAAAUACAGCUUGUUGUUCUGGAGAGAUGAAAACUGAACGUGUUGCCAGAGAUCCCGAGCUGGAGGCCUGCAACAAGUCACCUGAGUCCAGUGAUGAAAACAAAGUACAAAUGAUUAAAGGUGGUCUGUUCCUUGGUACUGUAGCUACAGUGGGAAUGCUAGCAGGUUUUGGCACAAUGCUUGCGAUGGCUAAAAAGAAAAGUCCUGGAUGGUUUCAUAAGGGGAUGGCAGCAUCCAUUGCAGUUCCCGAGAAUGGCGCGUCACUUGCACUGAAGGCCCUGGGCUGGGGCUCUCUCUAUGCUUGGUGCGGGGUUGGUUUGAUUAGCCUAACGAUCUGGAAAACUGUAGGAGCCCACAGUUUGACGGAAUUCAGAGAAAAGAUGCAAACAAUAUUCCCUGAAAUUCCAAAAAGCACAGAUGUGGAGGUUGCUGAGCACUUCAGUUGGGAAAGCCUGUUCAAGUCAAAGUAAUCGGAUGCUGAUUAAACUGAACAGUCAGAACUGUGAUCCCACUAGCUGGCCAGCUAAAGAAAUAAGUCAUUUUGCAUCUUCUAUGAAUUCUGGAACAUUAUUCUGCUGACUUAAAAAAAAUGUUCAAAAUAAGCUGUAAACGAGAAUAAAAUCCUUUAAAUUAUG